AUGGUCACUCGAAAGCGAGCCGMGUCUGGCCAAAAUCUUGAAGACAUCAAAUAUCCCCAAACUGAUCCCCUGCGAUGGCGACUACGCGAUGAUAAUGGACGACAAACGUGGCACUAUCUGCGGUCCGACGCCGAAGUCAAGGCAUGGCCGAUGACUACCGCUGACAGACACCAUCUUGGUCUAGACACAGGGGCCCCAACAUUGCCCAAAGCGAAGACUGCUUUGCAAKCAGCAGAGAAUGGGCUCAAGUUCUUCUCCAAGUUACAGCUCGGCUCUGGACAGUGGGCCUGUGAAUAUGGCGGCCCGAUGUUUCUGCUUCCUGGGCUCGUCAUCACUUGUUAUGUAACUGAUAUGCCAUUAUCUCAACCGGAACAAACCGAGAUCAUCAGGUACAUCUUUGGCGUCCAGAAUGUUGGCAGCAAGAAUGGAGGUGAUGGCGGGUGGGGUCUCCAUGUCGAAGGCGACUCUUCCGUGUUUGGCACUUCGAUGAACUACACCGCGCUACGUUUGCUGGGAGUGUCGGAGAGUGAUCCCCGCAUGCGCAAGGCACGGAAUUGUCUGUACGAUCUCGGUGGCGCUGUGAAUGGUCCACAUUGGGCGAAAUUCUGGCUCUCAAUACUCGGAGUAAUGCAGUGGGACAUUGUGAAUCCUGUGCCUCCAGAGCUAUGGCUUUUGCCUGACUGGGUUCCGAUCUCGCCAUGGCGUUGGUGGAUUCACAUGCGGCAGGUCUUUCUGCCCAUGAGUUACAUCUGGUCGAAAGGAUGGUCAUAUCCCAAAGCAAACUCUGACCCGCUCAUUCGACAGCUGCGUCAAGAAUUGUUCACAGCACCGCACGAGGAAAUCGCUUGGUCGCGAUACCGCAAUGCGAUCAGCCCAGCUGAUAACUACCAUCCAAAGACAUGGGUUCUCAACUUGGUCAACUGGUUCUUAGUGCUGAUCUUCAUCCCUUAUCUCCGCUUUCCCUUUCUCAUUCGGAAAGCCGAGAGGUGGGCAUGGAAGCUGAUACAGAUCGAAGACGCAAACACAGAGUAUGCGUGCCUCGCCCCUGUAAACGCCCCUAUGAAUAUGUUGGCCUGCUAUAUCGAAGAAGGCCCAGAUGCCAAAUCGGUGCAUGCCCACAGAGAUCGACUGGCAGACUAUCUGUUCAUGUCCAAAGCCGGGAUGAUGAUGAACGGUACGAAUGGCGUGCAGAACUGGGAUACUGCGUUUUUGAUCCAAGCAGCCGUCGAGGGCGGUCUUGCAACGAAGCCCGAGUACCACAAGACACUUCUCAAGUCGCUCGAAUUCCUCGAAAGCCAGCAAAUUCUGGAGCACGCAGUAGGCUAUGAGAAUUCUUCAGUGUAUUCUGAUCCUCCUACGUCAAAGACCGGCCCAGAGGCUGGGUACCGCCAUCCGCGUCGAGGUGCGUGGGGAUUUAGCAACCGCACGCAAGGCUACACGGUCUCGGAUUGCACUGCCGAGGCCAUCAAGGCCAUAAUGAUGCUGCAAACCAUGCCUGUCGCGCGGAAUGGUGACCAGAAGCUAUUCCCCGAGCUGCUAUCUGAACAGAGGAUCAAAUGGGCCAUCGACAUCCUCCUGACCAUGCAGAACAAGAAUGGUUCAUGCAGCUCCUAUGAAGUCCAGAGAGGCAGCGAGAAGAUGGAGUAUCUGAACGCCGCCGAAGUCUUUGGCAGGAUCAUGGUCGAGUACGGCUAUCCCGAAUGCACAACAGCUUGUGUUACUACACUCUAUCUUUUCAAGCAGCGGUAUCCGAACUAUCGUACCAAGGAAAUCGAAAAGUUCAUCAGCCGAGCGGUCGAUUGGAUUCGAGGAGAUCAGAGAGCCGACGGGUCUUGGUAUGGCAGCUGGGCUAUUUGCUUCACUUACGCGGGCAUGUUCGCUCUUGAAAGCCUCGCUACCCAAGGUGAGACUUACGAGAAUAGUGAAAGAGUGAGGAGAGCAUGCCACUUUUUCCUUGACCGAGUCAACGAGGAUGGCGGCUGGGGUGAGUCGUACAGAAGUUGUGAGACGAGUACCUGGRGUCCACACCCGGAAGGAUCGCAGGUCGUACAGACGGCAUGGGUUAUCCUGGCCUUACUCGAGGCAGGCUAUCCGGAUAGAGCGCCAAUGGACAAGGCCAUUCAGCUCCUCAUGCAAAGGCAGCAGCCUAAUGGCGAAUGGUUACAGGAAGGAAUCGAAGGCGUGUUCAACAAAAGCUGCAUGAUCUCCUACCCCAACUACAAGUUCAUCUUCCCAAUCAAGGCUCUGGGUAUGUAUGGCAGAAGGUUUGGCGAGGCAAGUACCAAUACCGACGGAUCGGUGUAA